AUGAAGUGCAUUCCUGAGCUCAGUAUCCACGCUCCGGUCCGAACUAACAAAGGAGCUGUCCGAACCGCUGAAAACUAUAUUCCUCUUGAUGUCCCUGCUACAUGGGGGGCGAUGGAGAAGUUAUACUACUCCGGCAAGACUCGUGCAAUCGGUGUGAGCAACUUUUCUUGCAAGAGGAUGGAGGAUUUGCUUGCCAUUGCUAGAGUAAUUCCUGCUGUCAACCAGGUUGAGUCCCAUCCAGGUUGGCAGCAAAUGAAACUCCGUGAACUUUGCGAGUCAAAGGGUGUUCAUCUUUCUGCAUAUUCACCCUUAGGUAGACCUGGAUCACCUGCGUUCACGGGUCCAAGCUUUCUUAGCAACCCUAUUGUCAUCUCUAUUGCCGAGAAGUUGCAGAGAAGUCCUGCACAGGUUGCUCUACGCUGGGGCCUUCAAAUGGGUCAGAGUGUACUUCCAAAAAGCAUCAAUCAAACAAGGAUAAAGGAGAACUUUAACAUAUUUGACUGGUCUAUUCCUGAAGAUUUGAUGUCAAAGUUCUCUGAAAUCCCACAGAUUAAGACUCUAAGAGCUGAAUUUGUAGUUCACCCCCAAGGUAUUUACAAAACCGUGGAGGAUUUCUGGGAUGGUGAAAUCUGA